CAAUUGCAUUCAUCUGCCUUCUCCAAUUUGAUGAAGUUUUGAAGAUUCAAGUCCAUGACAUCAAUUUCAUGUAUGAUGCUGCCUGGCACCACAACUGGCAUGUCCAUUACCCUCCCUUUCUGUAAAACUCACCAAACUGGAGACAUCAAACCAUAUUUCCUGUGGGUGUUCCAUCAAUCGGAAGCUCACCUCUGUGCUGUAAGGGCCAUAUCUGAGUGGAUCAUAGCAUCCAACAUCACAUCCGGUUACCUCUUCUGCAAAAUUGCUUCUGGUGACCAUGUUGCAGAAGCCAACAUACCAAUGUCGUCUGAACAGUUCCUGGAAAUGUUCCAAAACAACUUGCUGAACCUCAACAUCAAUCCUGCAGCUUAUGGCACCCACUCUUUUUGGCAGGGAGGCUGCCAGUACCUCCACAUCGAACAACGAUGGCCUCUGAGGAAAAUUUGUGAAUGGGGAGGUUGGAGUCAAGAAUUCACUAACCUCACGAUAGUUAAGUACCUCAUCUCAGUCAACGAUGAUGCGAUGGAGGCCUGUGAAGAUUUUUUCAACCCAAAUCACCAUCCUGCACUCAAAUGCCCACACUGUGGACGAUCUUGUGCUUGUGCUUGACUAGCGUCUCUCGUUUUGCGGGGGAAUGAUACUCCUUAAUGACAGCUCCAUGUCGG